CGAGCUCCAGCGUGAACAUGCCCGCCACCAUUCUCGUCACUGGAGGUACCGGCCUCGUCGGCAAGGCCAUCGAGUGGACCGUCGAGCACGAGGCCGUCGGCAGCCAGUUUGGCAAGUUCGCCGACGACGACCAGUGGAUCUACCUCAGCUCCAAGGACGGCGACUUGCGUGACCUCAAGCAGACGAUGGCCAUCUUCGACAAGUACAAGCCCACCCACGUCAUCCACCUCGCCGCCCUCGUCGGCGGCCUCUUCAAGAACAUGAAGUACAAGCUCACCUUCCUCCGCGACAACUGCCUCAUCAACGACAACGUCAUGUGGGCCGCCAAGGAGCACGGCGUCGAGAAGAUGAUCUCGUGCUUGUCGACCUGCGUCUUCCCCGACAAGGUCUCGUACCCGAUCGACGAGUCGCACGUCCACCUCGGCCCGCCUCACCACUCGAACUUUGGCUACGCCCACGGCAAGCGCCUCGUCGACGUCUACAACCAUGCCUACAACGAGGAGUUUGGCUGCAACUUUACGUCGGCCAUCCCGACCAACAUCUUUGGCCCGCACGACAACUACGACCUCGAGGACUCGCACGUCAUUCCGGGCCUCGUCCACAAGUGCCUCCUCGCCAAGAAGAACGGCACGCCCUUUACCGUCGCGGGCUCGGGCACGCCCCUGCGGCAGUUCAUCUACUCGCGCGACCUCGCCAAGCUCUUCAUCUGGCAGCUCAAGGAGUACCCCGAGAUCGACCCGAUCAUCCUGUCGGUCGGCGAGAAGGACGAGAUCACGAUCAAGCAGGUUGCCGAGGCCAUUGUCAAGGCGGUCGAGUUCCAGGGCGAGGUCACGUGGGACACGUCCAAGGCCGACGGCCAGUACAAGAAGACGGCGAGCAACGAGAAGCUGCGCAAGUACUUGCCCGACUUUGAGUUCACGCCGUUCGACAAGGCGCUGCAGGAGUCGGUCGAGUGGUUCGUGCAGAACUACGACAACGCGCGCACCGGUGUCAAGAAGCAGUAGAGCCCCGCCCUGUCGUUUUGUCCCUCUUCCUCCCCUCGCUUUCUCGUAGACCCUCCUCGGCUCCGCUGUGACCUCGUUCUGUUCCACUGGGUACCUCUGCAACCAUCCUUCCUUGCA